UCGUCUUCUUCCUCCUGCAAUGCAACACACGUACGGCCGCUCUCGAUCGGCAGUAGUAUAAAUGUCACUGGAUCUUCGAGUGUCUAGCUAGCUAUCAAUGAUCGGCAGUUAAAAAAGCAACAAGAUAUGGCAGCAGCUAGAAACAAGAAGCAGCGUUACGUGCUGUUGUGCCAUCUCCUCCUCGUGGCUCUUCUCGUGAUUGGUGACGCCGCCGUAGUAGGCGCCGGAGCAACCUCGCCGCCGAUUCAAGUCCUUCAUCAGACAGAGCAGCUGCAGCAGGGCUUACGGCGGAGACCGGAUGAAGCACCGGCGCCCGGUGAUGGUGGGUUGCCGGCCUCGUCGUUGAUGAACAACAAGGAGCAGACGACGACGGGCGCCGGUGGUGGCGGCGGGAGGAGGAUGCUGGUGGGGUCGAGGGCUCCGACGACGUGCACCUACAACGAGUGCCGGGGCUGCCGCCACAGGUGCAGCGUCCAGGUGGUCCCCAUCGACGCCAGCGACCCCAUCAACAGCGCCUACCACUACAAAUGCGUCUGCCAUCUGUAGCCCCGCCGGUCUCGGCGUGUCUCGAGUCUCUCGCAUACAUUGCACGUCGAUCCAUCUUUGCAUGUCUAGUCCUGGACUCCUAGUAGUACGUGUUGCUUGUUUUGGAGAUGCUGCUGUGAUGCUUUGUGCACGCAUGGCGCGCCGACGGCUGGCCUCUUGAAUAAAGCGGAGGUGUGUGUGACCGCUA